CGCCGGGCGCCCAAUUACCUUGGACGCUGCUUCUCCACAAUCUGUGGGCAGCGCGCUGCUUCUCCACAUCGUCGUCAGACCGAACUGGUUCAGGUCAUAGUGAAUUAUUCCCGAUACUCCUAAGAGCCUGACGCAGUCGCUGUUUGAGGUGAGCUGAUUGAUUAAAACAUAGUAUUGUACAUACAUUUUUGUUUAAUAUCUGCUUGUUAAUUCGCAUCAUACAAUUAAAUUAGUGAUUGCCAUAAGAUUGUAGAUUGAGAUAUACAAAGACAGACUAUCUGCUGAGUGCCAUGAGAUUUAUUAAAUUAUUUGGUGUUUGAGAUAUACAAAGACAGACUGUAACUGGUGAUUGCAAUAAGAUUUAUUACAUUAGUUGUUUUCGUUUUUGUUUAAUAUCUGCUUGUUAAUUCGCAUCAUACAAUGAUAAGAUAUACAAUGACAUUUGCUACUUUAACACAGCUAGUCAGAUGGAUCUAACAAAUAUUAAAAAGUUACUGUGUUCUCCUAGACCAAGUGCAGACUACUUGGCUGGCAUAGAAGGUUUUCUUGAUUUUGCAUACACUGGAAAAAGUACAGAUGCCAAGAUCCGUUGUCCAUGCAUCAAAUGUGUCAAUAAGUUUUUGUUGAAGCGAAACACUGUAUAUGAUCAUUUGGUGUGUAAUGGAAUGCUACUUGGGUACACAGUUUGGGGUUGUCAUGGUGAAACUGCACGAUACAUCUCCUCUAGCAAACGAAAAAGGUCAAAACAGGGAGGCAUAAACUCUAAUAUGUGCCAACUAGUCCAUGAUGUUUUCGGGAACAUAGAUAAUGGGUCUCAACUGAAUGACUGCGAUGAACAUAUGAACAUUAAACGAGAGUUACAUCCACAAAAAAAACCUAAUGAUAAGUAUUAUCUCCCACCUGCCUCCUUUAACCUAUCUAAAGAAGGGAAGCAACAAUUUUGUAAAGUCCUUCAUGGUGCAAGGGGUCCGAAUGGGUUUUCAGGAAACAUCUCAAGAUGUGCAAAUGUUGUUCAAGGGAGAAUCUCAGGCCUUAAAAGUCAUGAUUGUCAUAUACUAAUGCAACAUUUCCUGCCACUUGCUAUCCGAGGUCUACUCCCAGAUCAUGUCAUGUCUGUGUUGUUUGACUUGUGUGGGUAUUUUAGAGAAGUGAGUGCAAAAGUCCUAUACAUCAGCGAGCUUGAGAAGUUGGAGGAGCGAAUCGUAAUGACAUUAUGUCAUAUGGAGAUGAUAUUCCCGCCAGGUUUUUUCACGGUUAUGGUGCAUUUGGUUAUGCAUCUAGCAACAGAGGCAAAAGUAGGUGGCCCAGUGUGCUACUGUUCGAUGUGGUUUGUGGAAAGGUAUAUAGGUAAGUUGAAGUCGAAUGUCCGUAACAGAGCUCAUCCUGAAGGAUCUAUUGCCGAAGCAUUUUUAGCAGAUGAGUGCAUGACAUUUUGUUCAAGAUAUAUUGUCGGUUUUGAGACUAAGCAUAACUUGGCUUCGAGGAACGAAGAUGACGAGGAGUGGGUUGGGAAUCAUGAUAUUGCACAUGGAUGAAGAUUAUUUCCUCAUUCUGGCAAUCCACUUGGAAGGCCUAGAAAUUAUGUUCUGAGCGGUGUGGCUAAAGUACACGCACAUAGAUAUGUCUUGUUCAAUUGCUCCGAUGUGAACUCAUACCUUAGAGCUCAUGCUGAUGAGAUAACUAAUGGACGCAAUUUAAACAUUGAUGUUGUUGAGAGGAUUCAAAACGAUAAGUUCCACGAAUGGUUUCAAGCUCAUAUAAAGAAAUUGGAGAAGGAAAAUGGCGUCCAUAGUAUUGAAAAAGGAUAUUAGAUUGUUGGCCCGGGGACCAGUUAAUGCAGCCAAAAGAUAUUGCGCUUUCAACUCCCGAGGCUACCAUUUUAGGCCUAAACGCUUGGAUAAAGAGACACAAAAUAGUGGAGUCAUGGUAACUGCAAAAACAUCUCGUUAUGAUUCAGCACGCGAUGCUAAUGCAGUUUUACAGGAUGUGACAUACUAUGGGAGGGUAAUUGAUAUUGUCGAGCUAAACUACUCUGAACAGUUUUCAGUGGUGUUGUUUAGAUAUGAAUGGGUUAAUGUGUUCUCAGAAAAAGGAAUGAAAAAAGACAAGUACGGUUACACACUUGUCAAUUUCUCACAUCAAAUACACAAAGGAGAAAAGAUUGAGCAUGAGCCUUUUAUUUUCCCUAA